AUUCCGAAAAAAACAUUUCCCAGAAAGCGGAGUUCCUUCUUAGCUUGUUGCAGAGGCUCCUCUCCGAAGGGGUUUAUGCGAGCGCCAACAAAAAAUAGAUGACGAUCGACGACGAUAAUUCGAUCUAUGUGGGAGGACUCCCCUACGAUUGUACUGAAGACAGCCUUCGCAGAGUCUUCGAUUUAUAUGGCUCUGUCGUCGCCGUUAAGAUAAUUAAUGAUCGAGAAGUAGGGGGAAAAUGCUAUGGAUUUGUUACUUUUACAAAUCCUAGAUCUGCAAUUGAUGCCAUCAAUGAUAUGAAUGGCAGGACAAUUGGUGGUCGCAUUGUAAGAGUAAAUGAAGUCAAGACCAGAGGUACAAGACCAAAUUUUAAUCGUGAAAAUUUCCAUCGUGAUUCUGAGAGGGAUAGAGGCUUGGACUGGGAUAGGGGCAGAGAUCGAGAUAGGAAUUAUGACAAUGAGAGGGAGGGUUAUCGUAAUAGAGACAGGUCUCGUGACCGACAUCUGGAACGAGAAAGAGAACAUGGGCGUAGACAUGAUCAUGAUCGAACAAGAGAUCACUUCCUAGAUCGAGAUCGUGACCGAGACAGAGAUCAAGAAGAAAAUGAGCAAGUGCAUGAUAGGAAUAUUGAUAGAGAUAGGGAAAAGGAUCGUGAUUUGGACUGGGACAGAGAUAGAGAUAGGAGUAGCAGUGGUCAUGACAGAAGCAGAGACAAGGAUAAAGAUCAACAGUUGAAGAAGCGGACCAGUAAAGAGUUAUCAUCAAACUCCAGUGAUGAUUAUUAUGAUCAGGCAAAGGAACAGCUAGAGCUCUCAAUCCAAAGGCGUGAGGAUCUCCAAAAAGAGAUUUCUCAGCUUGAAGAGAAAUUGGAAGGGAAACAACAGCUUGUUUCUGAUUUACAGAAGAAGUCUCAGAAACUGGAAGAGGCCUUGGCUGCUGCUAAGAAGCUAUCUUCCUACCGAUGUAUGCAAUUGACGAAGUUGUAUAAAUGUUUUCUGCAAGUAAAGGACUACACUGAAAGGCUCAAAAGCUCUGAACAGGAACUCCAGUCACUUGUUGAUAUGGCAAUGCUCGAAGCUGAUGAAGUUGGAAUUAGGGAUGGCAAUCUAUAUGCUAAUGGCAAGUCUGAGACCAGUGACGACGGUCCGACUCUAGCAGCGACGAGCAGAGGUAAUGUCGGGAGUUUUAUUGAAGGGUGGUCACACGUGACCUGCUGUUCACACAAGACGGAAGCACUAUUUCACCAAAAGCACUAAUUGACUUUUUUCAUACUUUGGAAGUAAAAUCAAAGUAUAAAAAUAUAUGCUAUAUGGUGCUUUUUUGUACUUUCCCCACUGUACAUUGCAGCUAUACAUUGGGAACAUUUCAUGGCUACUGCUUUAAGGUUGGUGUUGGGAGYUAUCUGUGGGGAUCA